CCGCCUCGGGCACUUCUAUUUCAUACCCGAUCCUGCCGCCGCGGCACAACUCCAGUUAGUAGAAAUGCCUGCCUUGCGUGUAUCAUGAUGGGACACACGUUCCAAUCCCUCUCUCCCUCAAGCCAUUUUUCCUGUCAACAUGUCUCCCUCUGUGUUUGAAGCUAGUCAGCUUCCGCACCAAAAUCCCGUUGGCCCGUACACCUAUGUGCCUACGGAGUGGAUAUGUGUCCUGUUCCUAGUGUUAUACAGUAUUUCGACUAUCAUCCACUUGAGCCAGGCAAUCAAGUUUAGACUCUGGUGGAUGCUUCCAACGGCGACUUUUGCCGGUGUCCUCGAAAUACUAGGAUGGAGUGCCAGGCUAUGGUCUAGCCACAGCCCCAAGCUUCUGACGCCUUAUGAGAUGCAGCUUGUCGGCACUAUCAUCGCACCUACUCCCCUUGUUGCUGCCAACUUUAUCAUCCUUGGCAAGAUAAUCAACCAAGUUGGACCCCAGUACAGCCGUCUAACCCCCAAGCUAUAUACCAUCAUUUUCUGUUGCUUCGAUGUUAUCUGUUUGAUCGUACAAGCUUUCGGAGGCGCAUCCGCCGCGCACGCCGUUAGCCAGGAUACAAGCGCUGCGAUGGGCGCGAACAUUAUGUUAGGAGGAAUUGCGGCUCAGCUCUUUGCUAUCGUGGUCUAUGUCACUUUGGCAUCCGAAUUUUUCUUGCGUUUGAAAUACAAUUCGCCCUUCCGCCACGUUGAGCAGCCCCGCGUAUUGGAGAAAGGUCAAAGUGCUGUGAGCAAGAACUUGCGAGUUCUGAUCUGUGCUAUGGCAUUCUGCACUCUCUGCAUCUUUAUUCGUUCUAUUUACCGUACUGUAGAGCUCGCCGGUGGGUGGUUCGGGCCAGUAAUCACCACUCAACACUACUUCGAUUGGCUCGAUGGAGCCAUGGUCACUCUUGCUAUCUACUCUCUUAAUUUCUUUCACCCGGGUAUGUGGCUGAACAAGGAAGGACCAACUGGUCAUGAUUUAGAACAAGCCGACGAAGAAGAAGAAGAAGCUGCUGACGAAGAAGCUGCGGCUUAGGUUUCAACGAUUACAUGCUUAUAUUCGUUCUGCUCACCAUUUAUCUAUGAGCUUGCUAGCACUUCUAGGAUUACUCUUACUCGGACGGUUAUUGGCAUGUUACCUUACAGCUAUGUCUGUUUUUGCACCGCUUAUCCCUACUCAAUGAUGUAGAUAAUGCAUUGUUGACGUUCUAUACCC